AUGUUCAGGGGCACUUGGAUGUGGCCUGAGAAAGACGCUGUCACUCUGACUAUCUGCUGCUGCUGUUGUUGCUGGGCUCCUCGGCAAAAUGACAAACCUUGCGCUGAUUCUGAACGGGCGCAGCGAUGGCGACUGUCCUUAGCCUCCCUGCUUUUCUUCACUGUGCUGCUUGCUGACCAUUUGUGGUUGUGUGCAGGGGCCCGACCCAGAGCCAGAGAGCUGAGCAGCGCCAUGCGGCUACCCUGGGGAACCCGCCGUGAGUUUGAGCCAGUGCCUCCUCGCACUGUGCUGCCUUUGCUGCCGCCACCACCAUCUCCACAGCUACCUGACAAGCCCAGCACACUCCUGGAUACCUGCGGUUCCAGAUACAGCAACAUGACCAAAGCUGCCCUAGCAGCCGCUGGCAGAGGGCUGGACUGCGGCAGCAUCUCUGAGCCCCUAGGGCUGGAAGCAACCUGCACCAAAUUGGAAUCUUUACAGAAACUUUUCGAUCUGACCACACUAGCCACCCCUCUAUGGCCCCUCAACUCUCCUUCCUAUGUCCCAGCUGAGUUCCCUUCUGCCCAAAAAAACUUGCUCAAAGGCCACUUUCGGAACUUCACUCUCUCCUUUUGUGACACCUACUCCGUCUGGGACUUGCUGCUGGGCAUGGACCGCCCAGAUAGUCUGGACUGCAGCCUGGACACCCUAUUAGGGGACCUGCUGGCUGUGGUUGCCAGUCCUGACUCUGGAGCCUGGGAGGCCUGUAGCAACUGUAUUGAGGCAUAUCAGCGGCUUGACCGACAUGCUCAGGAAAAAUAUGACGAGUUCGACCUCAUGCUGCAUAAAUACUUACAAGCAAAAGAGUACUCAAUUCGGUCCUGCACAAAAGGUUGUAAGGCUAUCUACAAGGCCUGGCUGUGUUCAGAAUACUUCAGCGUGACCCAGCAGGAAUGCCAGCGCUGGGUGCCUUGCAAGCAAUACUGCCUGGAGGUGCAGACCUGGUGCCCCUUUUUACUCCCUGACAAUGAGGAAAUGGUGUACGGAGGGCUCCCUGGCUUUAUAUGUACAGGGUUGCUGGAUACUUCGCCAAAGAAUCCGGAAACCAAGUGCUGUGACAUGCAGCGGGUCUCCUGUGAGUCAGAGAAGAAGGAGUUCAAGGAGUCUGAGGCCCCCCAAACCCACCACCAGCAAUUCCACCACUCUUAUUUCCACCACUAUCACCAACAAUACCACCACUACCAUUCCCACCAUGAUCCCCCAGGCCUCAUCAACCACAAGCCUUCCCUGCUGCCAGUUUCUGGGGGCUCCCACUUCAACCCUAGCAGGAUCCGGCUCUGUGUCCUUGUUCUCAUGCUUCUCCACACCAUGGUGUCCUUCUCCAGCAACCAAGAAGGUGUGGGACUGAGGCUGGAGGCACUGUCUGCCCUAGAAGAGGGCCUAACACAGGAAGAGUGA